AUGGCUUCAUCAAUUGAGACCUUGAAAAUGAGCAGCCAUUUCCGAUCAAUCAGCUUGCCUUCUAGGAGCCACCCUCUCACAACCACUGUAGAGGAGCAUUUGUCUAGGCUCAGAUCAUCGCAAACAGUGUCCUGUUCCUCAUCAGCAUCCCAAAGUUUGGGAGAACUCGAGAACUUGUAUGAUUGCAUCGAUGACUUGCUUCAGUUGCCUCUCACACAACAGGUUCUUUCCCACUUGAGAAGUCUUGCCGAAGAGUCGUUGGAUGUUUCUCUCCAGCUGUUAGAUGUUUGCGUGAAUGUGAGAGAAGCUUUCUCACAGAUGAAGGAAUGUGUCCAGGAGCUCAAGUCUUCUUUCAGAAGAAAGAAAAGAGGAGAUUCCAGCUUCUACUUUGAAGUAGAAGCAUACAUCAACUCUAGAAAGAAGUUGAACAAAUUAAUCACCAAGUACUUGAGAAAUUUGAAGAAGAAAGGCCCUAAGAAGGGCUCUCUCAAUGAAGCUACCUUUAGCGUACUAACUGAAGCUGGAGAAAUCAGUCUUUCUGUAUUUGGGUCCCUCUUAGGUUUCCUUGCUGUGACAUGUGCGAGCACGAAGCCUAGAGGCUGGUCUAGAGUGUCAAAACUGCUGGAAGCUAAAAGCGUAUCAUGCGACGGAGGAGAGGAAACCAAUGAAGUGCAAGGCUUGGACGCCCUGUUGCUCUCCCUCAGAUCGAGCAAAGACAUCAAUAAUCAAGCAGGCAAUCUGUCAAAGCGAUUGGAGGAACUAGAGCCGAGCAUUCAAGAAAUUGAGGAUGACUUGGAAUGCAUUUUCAGGCGUCUAGUGAAAUUGAGGGUUUCCCUUCUCAACAUUGUUAACCACUAG